AUGCGAACACAUUCCAGGCCAGGCGUGGGCGGCGGCCCUAUUUCGCACUUCUCUAUCGCACAGCUGUGUACAGCACUGUUCCUACUUGCCGGCCUUCCUAUCGCAGAUGCACUCCAUCACAUGGCUGUGAAAGCACCACGCAAGCAGUUGCGCAGGAAAUUAGACAUCACACCUUUGCUGGUCACCAAUCGAUGCCCCGGAGACAUAUGGCCUGGUAUCUCAACGCAGUCUGGAAAGGGCCCCAAGGAGAAUGGCUUCAAACUCCAACCAGGCGAAACCAAGAAUCAGACUGUUUCAGAAGAUUGGCAGGGCCGAGUGUGGGGAAGAACAAACUGCACUUUCAAUAGUGACGGUACCGGCCCAGCGUCUGGUAGCGGGAAAGCCUGUUACUCUGGCGACUGCAAUGGCAUCUUGAACUGCCAAGUCGGAGGCGACGUGCCGGUGUCACUGGCCGAAUUUACUCUCGAUGCUGGAGACGGACACACUUACUACGACAUCUCGCUAGUAGAUGGUUACAAUGUUCCCAUAGCAAUAGUUUUGCAGCCGCUGGAGAAUAUUACUCUUGAUGACAUCCCGCCCAACCUCACAAAUCCAUCCUGCCAAGGUACAGACGGCUUGUUGGCUGCCCAGGACUACAAUCCGUACCCCGAGUAUCCCGAUUUCCUCCGGACAAACACUUCGUAUCCACUGCCAUUCGACAAGAAAGUAGAUCAGAACCAGAUCUCCAAAUGGUGUCCUUGGGAUCUGCAACAGACUCCUCCGGACAAGCCUGGAGAUGGCGUAUACCCAUAUCCUGAUGACAACAUCCAGCGGCCUCAGUUCAACCCGUGCUUCUCGGCUUGCGCGAAGAACAACAAACCAGAAGAGUGUUGUACAGGCGAGUACAACUCUCCAAGCAAAUGCCAUGUCAGUGAGUAUUCGAAGAACGUCAAAGCCGUGUGUCCAGACGCCUAUAGCUUCGCUUUUGACGAUCAAACAUCAACCUUCAUCAUCCCGUCCGGUGCUGGGUUCGAAGUAGUGUUCUGCCCUGGAGCUCGCUCAACUAACAUCAUAGACACAAGUUUGGCAGAGAUGCAGGCGCUGUCUCAAAAGGGAAUGGCCAACAAGCAAGCAUUCAUCACAAUAGAAAGCCGGAAAAAGAUGUUUGAAAGACCUGCCCAGAGCGCAUCAUGGUGGCCUUUUUGA